AGUCUCUUUCGCUCUCUCUCUCAAACCUCGUGCCAAUUGUUGUUAUUUUUCGACAAUUUUUAUUGAAUGGAUUGGCGUCUAGCCGGCAAAACUAAAUUAAAAGUGAAAACAAUGCCUUAUCUCUGCUUACUACAAGAAGGCAAUGAAAGCCUCCCGCGCCUCAUGGACAAAGCUCAACAAAACGGUUAUGCAGUCAUAGCAGCACCAAUAAACACCACUGAAAUACCAUUGGAGUAUGAGGAAGCGCCGAUAUGUGACAAACAAGCAGAAUUCACUUACCCGGAUCUAAUCUUCCCAUCAGAUCACUGGAAUGGUAAAGUGAUAAAUGUGCUGUCAGACACCAUGGAUUGUGAUGCUAGGGACAUGGUGGUGCGGCGUAACGCGGAAGAAGUGCUAAAACGUGAUAUUUCGUGGGCAGAGCAUCUACAAUAUGGUGGUUACACUAUGCUCCGACUAAAAUCUGGAAAUAAUCUUAAUAUGGCACGUAUAGCAUCUAGUAAUGUAAAGGGUUUGUUGCUCGCGCAGGUACCGUUAUAUAAUGCAAAGGUGGCACAUUCCACUUGGCGACGAGAUAUUAACGAUGCAGAGUUGGAGCGACUCGAACAAGAAGACACAUGGCACUGGUGGAACAACUUUCGUUGGGCGGCAGACUUCAAUCCAAAAAUAAAAGUAGUACUCGAGUUAUGUGAAAGUGAUCGUCCAUCAUUGGAGGUUGUGCGGCGUUGGUUGGGAGAGCCAGUGGAAGCUGUAAUCGUGCCCUCCACCAUGUUCAUCUGCAAUCGUCAAAACUAUCCGGUGCUGCCAAAAGCGUGGCAAGAAAUUUUAUCUUAUUUUAUGCGCGCACGGGUAAACAUUAUCAUCUCCUCCGAUGUGCAUGACAACAGCUUAAAAUUAUAUUCUGAGUAUAUGCUGCGAUUUCAAGAAAUACACGCUGAUGUGCAUGAACUGCAGUCCUUCGAAGAUGUCUUGGAAGAGCCGCUUCAGCCUCUAUAUGACAACCUGGACUGCUAUACUUAUGAAGUAUUCGAAAAGGAUCCAGCAAAAUAUAAGCUAUACCAGGAUGCUAUCGAGCAGGCCCUCCUUGAUCGUGUGCCCGAUGCGGAAAAGAAACAAAAAUUGACUGUUAUAAUGGUGUUGGGCGCAGGACGUGGUCCAUUGGUGCGUUCGGCUUUAAAUGCUGCCGAAAACACUGGUCGAAAAGUGCGCGUCUACAUUAUAGAGAAGAAUCCCAACGCCAUACGCACCUUGACGGCUAUUGCGAAAAAAUUAUGGAAUAAUAAAGAUGUGCACAUCUUUUCCAAGGAUAUGCGUGAAUUUUCACCACCAGAACCAGCGGAUAUACUUGUGUCCGAACUAUUGGGUUCAUUUGGUGAUAAUGAACUAUCACCAGAGUGCUUGGAUUGCGCACAAAAAAUAUUAAAAUCCGAUGGCAUAAGCAUUCCAUGCAAAUCUACCUCUUAUAUUAAUCCAAUAAUGUCCUCGAAGUUAUUAAAUGGCGUACGUCAAGUUUUGCGUCAUGAGACUUUUGGUCGCCAAAAACAAGCCACCUAUCAUACACAUGCCGAAAGUGGUUUUGUUGUGUUACUUAAAAAUAUUUACAAUAUUGGUUUACCACAACCAUUAUUCGAAUUUGUACAUCCAAAUCCCCAGAAACCAAUCGACAAUAGUCGCUAUAAAGUUUUACGCUUCGAAGUGAUCAUGGAUUGUGUACUCACAGGCAUCGCGGGUUACUUUGACACCGUAUUAUAUAAGGACAUUAAAUUGAGCAUUAAUCCGGAAACACAUACGCCUGGCAUGUUCUCUUGGUUUCCUAUGUACUUUCCAUUCUCGGAACCUAUGGAUGUGAAGAAAGACCAAACAAUUGAAAUUCAUUUUUGGCGCUGCGUAACAAAGCAGAAAAUCUGGUACGAAUGGUGUCUGGCUUCGCCAUUCCACACACACAUACACAAUCACGGAGGCCGUUCAUGCCCAAUCUAUUGUACAUAGAGAGCUCGCUGCAGAAACGAAGUUAAAAAUGUUAAGAAUAGAAAUAAAAACAGGUUGACAAAUUUAAAACGAUUGUAGUUGUUUUCAAAUGGCCAUUGAAUUGAAUUUAUGUAUAACAUAUUGCAUAUUGAAAUUGACUAUUAACGGUCUGAAAGGGAAUGCCGAAGAAUUUCUUUAUGUUAAUAUGACUGCUAAAAUUCUGACAACAAAAUUACAUAUACUUUUGCCCCUAUUUCGCUGUACUUUUUGUAAAUGAAAUAUUCUAUUGAAUUGUACUAUCUUUAAUGAUUAAUUGCACAAUAAGUUACCAUAUUUUAUUGUACAGUUAAGGUAAUUUUAUUUAAUUUAUAUCUUAUUAUAUAAAAUUUAUUAAACAUAUGAUGUGUGGAAAUUGUAAGCAUAGCCAAUUUUCCAAUAAAAAUAUUUAUAUUAAAAAAAAAAA